GAUACCUAAACUUUAUAACUCGCGCCGUGACGAAGUUCAAAAGGAAAUGGCUUCGGUGACGUUCUUUUCAACCACUACGGACCUGUGGUCAAGCAGGACAAGUGAACCGUAUAUUAGCUUGACUGUGCACUUUGUCAACGAGGAGUUUGAAUUGAAAAGCCGCUGCCUUCAAACAUCGUAUUUCCCCGCCGACCACACAGGAGAGAACAUAGCCUUGGGCUUGAGAGAGGCACUGGCUGCGUGGGACCUCUGUGAGGAGCGUCAGGUCGCCAUCACUACAGACAACGGCACCAACAUUGUCAAAGCAGUGGAGCUUAAUCAAUGGACUAGAAUCCAGUGUUUUGGGCAUAGACUUCAUUUGGCCAUUGAAAAUGCUCUGAAAGAUAAUGCACAAUGCAUUAACAGAGCUACUGGGAUAUGCAGGAAGAUUGUGGGCCACUUCUCCCAUAGUUGGAAGAAAAGAGUGGCCUUGAAGGAAGCACAACAAGAGCUGAACCUCCCAGAGCAUGCCAUGGUGACAGACUGCUCAACACGAUGGGGUUCCACUCAGAAAAUGAUAGCAAGAGUCCUGGAGCAGCAAAGUGCGUUGUCCAAGGUUCUCUCUACAGACCGCAAAGUGCGACACCUACUCCCUUCAUGGCAGGACCUGGAGGUCUUGGAAUCUGUAAACAAGGCACUAAGCCCACUCCAGGACUUUACAGAUGCCUUAUCUGGUGAGAGUUAUGUGAGCAUAUCUUGUGUGAAACCUGCUCUGCAUCUUCUGAACACCUCAGUGCUGGCUGAAGACGAAGCAGACACUGAACUGACCAAAUCACUGAAAACAAAAAUCCUUAGCUACCUCAACAACAAAUAUGAAGGCACACAGGACUUGCUAAACUUCACCACUUUCCUAGACCCAAGAUUCAGAACUCAAUAA